AUGGCUAGUAAAGCUGUGGGUUACGUUUACCACGCGAACCGAGCCCCUUCCAAAGAGUCAACACUUGCACAACGAAAGAUGUACGGAACCGCUUUGAAACAAUUACAGUUGGCACUUGGCGACCCGAAACUGCGGAACCAGGACGACAUUCUGAUGUCUGUCUGGCUUUUAUGUCUUUACGAGCUGAUGCUAGGUACUUCGCCUGAUGGAAAAGGCCCGUUAGACUGGAGCGUUCACAGCAGAGCUCUCACUGGGUUGAUACGUUCCCGGGGCAAGGAGCAAUUCAAGACCAAAACCGGACGUCAAUUAUUCCAACUAUCGUAUCACUAUAUUCAAAUUCAAUGCUUUCAAACAGGUUCAGACCCUCCACCAGAAGCCCGCGAAUGGUUCGACGCCAUCGAGUCAAGCGAUGAUGGAAAUCAAUACAUGUUCAUGCCAUCGUUUCACUUCGGCAACCAAGCUGCACGCAUUUGCAAAGAAGCGAAAUCCUCCUGUGGCCCAUUGAACUCUACCGCCGAAAAAAUCGCCGCAAUCGAAAACGCAGUCCAGACAUGCAAGGCAUUCGAAAUGUCGAUGAACAAGACCAUUGAUGAUCUUUUCGCCGGUUAUACAGCGAGUAAGGCAGUUUUGCUGACAACAAAAUUGAACCAGAACAUCUCUGUUUUGCGCGUUAGCAACCACCACGAUACGUGCUUGCUUCGCCUGUAUACGGUGCUUCUGGAACUUAUUCAAAAUUUCAUCAGCCAGCCAGAUAUUUCUACCAUGGAGUUCUUUCGUCUGCUGGGGUUACAACAGACUUGCAUGGAGGAGUCGCAACUCCGUAUCAGUCGUAUUCUUGAAGUACUGCCCCAUUUCCUAACGACAGGGCAGAACUUGAAUCUUCCGAAUUGGGCGGACUCUUUGAAGUUGAUGUGGCCACUAAGAGGGGUUCUGUGCUCGCCUGCUGCGCAUGAAACACAAAUGUGGAUGGCGAAGCAAGGAUUACGAACCAUUGCGUAUGAAGGAGGAAUCAUGCAGGCCGUGGGGUCUUUCUUCAGCAAUAUCACGAUUUACGAGAGCCCAUAG